AACCGUCUCUCAGUCAAACUAACACAUGUAAACGUCGCGAACGCGUUUGGAUAAAUCACGUCCAACUUUCUUUGCUUGUUGGGUAUAACAACAAAGUGACAUCGGCUUACAAGUGGUAACGGAACUACCACGUGUCCUAUAAACACACCCCGUUUUAGUUGCUAAUACGGUACGCCACGCCUCACCUAAUCUUGUUCCUCACCUACACUCAACUCCACUGAAGUUAGCUCAACAUUCUUUUUUCAUUUUUUUUAACUUCCAAAAAAAGUGUUUCACUAGACGAAUAACAAGUUAUCUCUAUUUGUUGGUUUGUUUUUUCAAUUUCAUUAAUGAUUACUUUAGUGAUACUUACCAUGCGGUAAAGAUUACUAACCUGAGAUCAUGCUGAUUAGAUAAUGGAAAUAAUCUAUAGCAAUUUUGAUAAAUCUUGGAAAGAUUAGUACCCAAAAAAACGUAAUUAGGCGUGUACGCGUUUGGUUUAAGACGUGCCCCACACGGCUCGUGGCCCGUAGCCAACACAUAAGUCAGCUCCACGGGAAAGGUAUGCUCCUUUUUUAUAUUAGCUAAAAUCUGUUUUUGGGUUUACCAAUUUUAUUAAUCCUCUGGUUUUUGACUUUGAACCGGUCUCUCACUCGUGAUCACUACCUUACUAGGUCAGCUGUGACCCAAAAACUCGGUUAUUUCUCCAGUAAUUUACAUCAAUACUUAGCUUAGUUUAUUUGGCCAAUUGGGGUGUGGGAUGGUUAAAGUUAGUUUAAAAUCUAUGAUUAUUUUUAUAUAUAUCUUCGACGAUUUUCCUAUAUUUUGGGAGUUUCUUUUGUAUUUUUUUUUUGCUAAAAAAGUUUCUUUAGUAUCACAAUGGCUUUUGUACAAGGAUAAACCAAAGAAAAAAAAUAUGAACGUGUUAAAAAUUAAGAAACUAAAAGAUGUUCACAUCUGAUUUGAUAAUCAAUGUAAUUUGUAUUCUAAAGCAUCUUUUUUUUUCUAGUCUGACACAUAUUCAAGAAGCUAACAUGUUAUGCAAUAAAAAUGAAAUCAUUGUUGAGAUUAUGAUCUGAUUUCUAAUUAAAAAUAGUUAUCUUCCAUAUUUAUUACUAUAGUGUUAGGCUUCAUAAGUAACAAAACAGAGUAUACAUAAAUACGAGACCGACUUAAUACUCAUCCGCCACGUGUUUUUGCGUAUAAAAAAACAGAGUCCAAACAUUUCUUCACUUCACUCCAUUCUCUCAUCUAACAUCGACGAAGAAGAGAGACACACAACACAACACACACAAAGAUUCGUCUGCUUAUGGCUCUCGAAGCGAUGAAUUCUCCUUCGUUCACAGUCCGUAAAGAUAGAAUCGAAGCAACAAACGAUGAUCUAACGAACGACGCCGUUUUCAUGGAGCCUUGGCUGAAACGCAAACGCUCGAAACGCCAGCGUUCUCGCAGCCCUUCUCCGUCCACCUCUUCCUCCUCGCCGCCUCGAUCUCGUCGCCCUAAAUACGAGAGUCAGGAUCUAACGGAGGAAGAGUAUCUCGCUCUCUGUCUCCUCAAGCUCGCUAAAGACAAACACUCGCCGCCGCCGCAGCCGCAGCCGCGAGACUCGACGAAGCUCUCGUACAAGUGUAGCGUUUGCGGAAAAGCGUUUCCUUCGUAUCAGGCGUUAGGCGGACACAAAGCGAGCCACCGAAUCAAGCCUCUAACCGCCGAUAAUUCAACGUCUCCGAUCAUCGCCGGAGAGAAGCAUCACAGUUCCGCCACCGUCCCGCCUUCCGGGAAGAUUCACGAGUGCUCUAUCUGCCGUAAAGUGUUUCCGACGGGUCAAGCUCUCGGCGGCCACAAACGGUGCCACUACGAAGGGAACCUCGGAGGAGGAAGCAAAUCGAUUAGCCAGAGUGGAAGCGUGUCGAGCACGGUUUCGGAAGAUCGAAGCAACCGCGUGUUGAUCGAUCUGAACCUCCCGGCUUUACCGGAGCUCAGCCUUCAUCACAACCCAGUCGUCGACGAUGAGAUACUGAGUCCGUUGACCGGGAAGAAACCGCUUUUGUUGACCGAUCGUGACCGAGUCAUCGAGAAAGAAGAUUUAUCUCUAAGAAUAUAAUAAUAAUUCUAUUAUUAUACAUAAAACUUAGGUUCAUUUUCAUUCGUUACAAUUAUUUUUAUUUUGAUUAUGGGAUUGGGUAGGGAUUCAUUUCAUGUCAGGGGUUUAUACAAAAUAUGAUUGUUUGGUUUUGAAUAAAUCAUAGUUUCAUUUUGAUUGUUAUUUAGCUUACUAAUAAUCUCUCGAGUUCAGUUUGUAUAAUAUAAGACACGUGGCAUUCUGUGUGUGAACACAGAGCAGAAAUAGUUGGGGGAACGAGAAUCCGAAUCCUUUCCAUGUGGAUUCGUUUCCUUGAUUAGCAUUUAGCACAUGUAUUAUCAGUUUGGUACAUAAACUGUUAUUUUUA